AUGGCACAUGGAUUUGCAGUGGGCUUCGACCCGCUGGGUCUUGGAGACCUGAGCUCCAGCUCUCUGAGCUCCCUCUCCUCCCGAGGCCACCUGGGCAGCGAGUCGGGCUCCGCAACGCGAUACCUGCUGAGAAAGCAACGGCUGCUGAAUGGGCCCCCCCGCGGAAUCCGAGCCUCAUCGCCCAUGGGCCGAGUCAUCCUCAUCAACUCCCCUAUCGAAGCCAACAGUGAUGAAAGUGACAUCAUCCAUGCAGUUCGAGUGGAGAAGAGUCCAGCUGGGAGGCUGGGGUUCAGUGUGCGGGGCGGCUCUGAGCACGGCCUGGGCAUCUUCGUCAGCAAAGUGGAGGAGGGGAGCAGUGCAGAGCGGGCUGGCUUGUGCGUGGGGGACAAGAUUACUGAGGUGAACGGGCUGAGCCUGGAGAGCACCACAAUGGGCAGCGCUGUGAAGGUGCUGACGGGCAGCAGCCGCCUACAUAUGAUGGUGAGACGCAUGGGCCGUGUGCCGGGCAUCAAGUUCUCCAAGGAGAAGACUACAUGGGUGGAUGUAGUCAAUCGGCGGCUGGUGGUAGAAAAGUGCAGCUCAACACCCUCCGAAAGCAGCUCAGAGGACGGUGCACGGCGCAUUGUCCACCUCUACACAACCUCCGAUGACUUCUGCCUGGGCUUCAACAUCCGCGGGGGCAAGGAGUUUGGCCUGGGCAUCUAUGUGUCCAAAGUGGACCACGGUGGACUGGCCGAGGAGAAUGGUAUCAAGGUGGGAGACCAGGUCCUGGCGGCCAAUGGUGUCAGGUUCGACGACAUCAGCCACAGCCAGGCCGUGGAGGUGCUGAAGGGUCAGACGCACAUCAUGCUGACCAUCAAGGAGACCGGCCGGUACCCUGCCUACAAGGAGAUGGUCUCUGAGUACUGUUGGCUGGACCGGCUGAGCAACGGGGUGCUGCAGCAGCUGUCCCCCACCUCGGAGAGCAGCUCCAGCGUCUCCUCCUUCACCUCCAGUGCCCCCUACAGCUCGGCCGAGGGCUCCCUGCCCUCGGACCGCAUGGAUGUCUGCCUGGGGCCUGAGGAGCCCGGCAGCUGGGGUCCGGGCUGGGGGCGGGCGGACACAGCCAUGCAGACGGAGCCUGACGCGGGGAGCCUCGUGGAGACCUGGUGCAGCGUGCGGCCCACGGUCAUCCUCAGGGACACUGCCAUCCGUUCCGACGGCCCGCCACCCACCCGGCACCUUGACUCUGCACUCUCUGAGUCCCCCAAGACUGCUCUGUUGCUGGCCCUCAGCCGACCCCGGCCCCCCAUCACCCGCUCCCAGAGCCACCUGACCUUGUGGGAGGAGAAGCAGCAGCGGAAGAAGGAGAAGCCAGGGUCCCCUGGGGAGAAGGGGGCCCUGCAGCGCUCCAAGACCCUGAUGAACCUCUUCUUCAAGGGAGGGCGGCAGGGGCGGCUGGCAGGGGAUGGGCACAGAGAGGCCUGGACACUGGACAGCAGGAGCCCAGCCAAGCCUCACCCUCGCCUGGACCUGGAGAAAGACCGGGAGAGGGGCCAGGCUCUGCUCUCUGCCAGGUCUGGGAGCCCCUCCAGCCACCUGCCCAAUGUGGAUGAGCAGGUGCAGGCCUGGGAGAGCCGUCGGCCCCUAAUUCAGGACCUGGCCAGGCGACUGCUGACUGAUGACGAGGUGCUGGCUGUCACCCGCCACUGCUCCCGGUACGUGCAUGAGGGCGGCGUGGAGGACCUAGUGAGGCCCCUGCUGGCUAUUCUGGACAGGCCCGCCAAGCUGCUGCUGCUGCGGGACAUCAGGAGUGUGGUGGCCCCCACAGACUUGGGUCGCUUCGACAGCAUGGUGAUGCCUGUGGAGCUGGAGGCUUUUGAGGCCCUCAAGAGUCAGGCAGUUCGGCCUCCUGCCUUGAGACCAACCCGACAAGACACACUACCCAAGCGUCACCUCAUCACCCCUGUGCCUGGUCAUCGUGGCGGCUUCUACCUGCUUCCUGUGAAUGGCUUCUCAGAAGAGGAAGAUGAUGGGGAGCUGAGGGAUCGGCUGGGGGGCCUCCAGGUCUCCCUGGGUGCCUCUGCCUCCUGCCACCCUCAUAAAGGAAUCCCCCGUCUCCAAGACGUGCCAGUAGAUGCCUUCGCCCCACGCCGAAGCGCCUGCACACCCCCUCCUCAGCCACCUCCCGUGGCUCCUCGGCCCCCGAGGCCUAACUGGCUGCUGACUGAACCGUUGACCCUAGAGGACCCUCGGCAGAGCUGGAGCCAGGGCCCAGCCCAGAGCCGCAGCCGCAGCCGCAGCCAGGGCCAAGGCAAGUCCCCCGGCCGCAGGCGUUCCCCAUCCCCGGCACCCAUCCCCACUCCCAGCACAGCCAAUGGGCGCUACCACAAGCCUCGGAAAGCCAGGCCCCCUCUGCCACGACCUAUGGCAGGGGGCAGUCAAGGGCCCUCUGAGAAUGGAACUGGCAGGACAGCUGAGGAGACAGUCAUGAAGGUCCCCAGUGGGGAGUUGAGGACCGUCACGCUGUCUAAGAUGAAACAGUCCUUGGGCAUCAGCAUUUCUGGGGGCAUUGAGUCCAAGGUACAACCGAUGGUGAAGAUAGAAAAGAUCUUCCCCGGGGGCGCUGCCUUCCUCAGUGGGGCCCUUCAGGCUGGCUUUGAGCUUGUGGCCGUGGAUGGAGAGAGCCUGGAGCAGGUGACGCACCAGCGGGCGGUAGAUACCAUUCGCUGGGCUUAUCGAAACAAGGCUCGGGAGCCCAUGGAGCUUGUGGUUAGGGUCCCCAAGCCUGGCCCACUGCCCUUGCCCUCUGACUCGUCAGCCCUCAAUGAACAGCAGCUUCCUGCUGACCAUUCCCCUGCCCGCUGA